AUGAAGUUCUCUCUCUUUCUCGCCGCUGUCUCAGCCGGCAUCAUCUCCGCCGCCCCCGGCGCCAAGCUAACUCAGCGCAACUACUCUCCUUUGGUCCCUCGCUCUGAACGCCGGGCCAGAUACAGUUCUUCCCCCAACCAGCGCCUUGACGUCUUCUCCCUCGACUCAGUCACCACUGAUAAGAACGUCCAGUACUCGUCCAACUGGGCCGGCGCCGUCAAGAUUGGCACCGGCUACAACCAAGUAACCGGAACCAUCAUCGUUCCGGACGUCAGCGGUGCUCGCGGAUCUGCCGCCUCCGCCUGGGUCGGCAUCGACGGCGACACUUGCCAGACGGCCAUCCUGCAGACGGGCAUUUCCUUCUAUGCCGACGGCACGUUCGACGCCUGGUACGAGUGGAUCCCAGACUACGCCUACAACUUCAACAACUUUGACGUCAGCGUCGGCGACAAGAUCCGCAUCAGCGUUGACGCGUCGUCCAAGACCAAGGGCGUCGCCACGCUGGAGAACCUGACGAGUGGUCAAAAGGUCACGCACACCUUCACCAACCCGCCGUCUUCCCUCUGCGAGACGAAUGCCGAAUGGAUCGUCGAGGCGUUCCAGGAGAACGGCAGCCAGGUUACGUUGGCCGACUUCGGCACCGUUACUUUCACCGAUGCUUCGGCCUCUGGUUCCUCUGGCAAAACUACUCCCGCUGGUGCCGACAUUAUUGAUAUCUUGCCCAACCGCGGCUCUACCGUCCUUGCUCAGGCCUCUGUUAGCGGCAGCUCCGUUACCGUCAAGUACGUAGGUUAA